GAGAAAUUUUACAAUACGACUCAUGAUCGCAAACUAUUAAAUAGGAAUUAGAAACAGACAUGAGACAUAUGGAAUUUUAUUCGUUUUCUUCAGUGAAACAAUCCCCACAAAACCUAUUUUUGAGCACAAAUUGUAAAACUUUUUAAAAAUUGUCAAGUCUAAAUUUGACUAUCAGUUCACAGUUGUUUGAUUUUGUACAUUUGUAGUCGUGCCAACUUUAAUCAAUUCAAUGUACCUGAAAUACCUAUAGGUUGUUAUGUAGUUAGAUAGAUCAAUUUAAAAAAUAGAAAUGUAUCAGGUAGUGAGGGUUUUACUGUACCGACUUUUGAUUGUAUCCACUAUAACACUAUUUUCUAGUAUUUUACUAUUUUGGUUUCAUGGGUUCUUAACAGCAUUUGGUAUAUUCACCUUAGGCAUAUCAGGCAUUCUUUACUGCGCUCAAGAUUUGCUGCUUUACUAUCCCAAUGAUCCACCUGACUCAAGAGUUUUUGUUCUUCAGCCAAGUAAUUACAAGUUGCCAUAUGAAAGUAUAAAAAUUAACAAUAAAGAUGGAUUAAAAAUACACAUGUUUCUUGUAAAGCAGCCAUUCAAUAGCAAAUAUAUACCUACAAUGAUAUUUUUCCACGGUAAUGCUGGAAAUAUGGGGCAAAGGUUGUCUAAUGUAUCUGGAUUCUAUCACAAGUUAAAUGUCAAUGUACUUAUGGUUGAGUACAGAGGCUAUGGAUUAUCAGAAGGAACGCCGUCCGAACGGGGCCUAUAUAUUGAUGCCCAAUGUGCUAUUGAUUACAUCUUGGAAAGAACUGAUGUUGAUACUAGUAGGAUUAUUUUGUUUGGAAGAUCAUUAGGUGGAGCAGUGGCAAUUGAUCUGGCAUCUCGUUUGGAAUACAGGAACAAAAUUUGGGCAUUAGUGGUGGAAAAUACUUUCACUAGUAUACCAGACAUGGCACAGAUCAUUUUAAAAUGGAGAUGCCUAAAUUGGCUACCACAAUUCUGCCACAAAAAUAAGUACAUGUCUUUGAAUAAAAUUGCACAUGUCAUUUCACCUACACUCGUGAUAUGCGGAUCAAAUGACGCUUUAGUGCCUCCAUCCAUGGCCAGAGAGCUGUAUACGCGCUGUGGAUCUAUCUGCAAGCAAAUGGUGGUCAUACCAGGUGGAGGACAUGAUGACACCUGGACGUGUAGGGAAUACUAUCCUUCAAUGCAACAAUUUUUAGUUAACGUUCCAGCACUACCAAGUGAGAUUGGACCAUUUUUUGAAAAAAAUAAUGAGUCUGCUCGACUUGGCGUUGUACUCACUGUUUAAUGAUUCGAUUAAUAAAUAUUUACGUACUUAUUGCAGAGUAAAUUUAGAUCCAUAUUUUAUAGUUCUAGAUAAAUGUUUAGCACAAUAACUUUGGAAUGUUAUAGUACAAAAUUUGUCAUUGUGUGUUUUAAUCUCGUUGGUGUUAGUUACAUCGUGAUAAUAGAUCCCCUAAGUAGUACUUAGUAUG